AUGUCGUCUUCGCACCCAGUGCUCAGACCAACGGCUAAAACGAAGCCCACCCUGCUCACACCAGAUGGGGAGCCAAAGCCGAAGAAGAAGAUCGUGAAGAAGAUCAGGGCAAAGAGCGCGCAGCCUGAGUCCGAUGAAAAUGCGGCUCCUCCACCUCCGCCUCCCCCUCCAGCUAUGGCCCCACCACCUCCACCUCCGUCAUCAUUACUAGUCCCGCCAUCCGCUGGCCUUAAAAAAGCCACCUCUAACCCGAACUUGUCGAAGUUGGGCGGAAAGAACCCGCAGCAGAUGGAUUUGGACGACUUCUUGAAGUCGGUCAGAGGCGGUAUAAAACUGCGAAAGACGGUAACCAACGACAAGUCGGGGCUGAUCGUCGACGAUACGAUGCUGGAGGGCGGGCUUUUCAAGAAGGAGGAGCCGAGCACCUCCUCAGCACCACCUCCCCCUCCUCCACCUCCACCCCCAUGCCUCGCCCCACCUCCUCCCCCCCUCCCCGGCGCUUCACCCGGCUCCUCGCCACGACCAGAGCGGAAGGAGAUCACCAACAAGGCUCUCUUAAACCUCGGAGGGAAGACGAGCAACCAAGUGGACUUGGGGCAGUUUUUGACGUCGAUAAAGGGCGGCAUUAAACUACGAAAAACGGAAACCUCUGAUAAAUCCGGGCUGAUUGUCGACGACACGAUGCUGGAGGGAGGGCUGUUUCAGAAGAAGGAGGGCGCCAUUCCCGAAUUUACACUGCCCGACUUCCCUCCAGCCCGCUCCCCCGUUCCUCCACCACCCCCACCAGGACCGCCGCCGCCUCCAGGGGACGGCCCUCCUCCACCCCCCUCGGCACCGGCACCUCCCCGGGUAAAGAAGGAGGUCACCGACCCGAGGCUGAAGAAGCUAGGCGGGAAAACGGCCGCCGAUGUGAAUAUGGGCGAUUUGUUGAAUAAUAUUAAAGGCGGCAUCCGGCUCAAAAAGGUUGAAACCAAGGAUCGCUCCGGGUUGAUCGUUGACGAGACGAUGACUUCCGGUACCCCGCUGGUCCGGAUCGACAACGAAAAGCUGGCCCAGGCGCGCCAUAUUCCGGAUCCGGAAGAGGAAAUCACCGAAGAAGAGGCGGCUGCCCUGCUCGAAGAGCUCGACAACCCAAAGCCGAAGAAGGUCGAGCCCAAAAAGCCCGACCCUCCGCCAGAGCCUAAAAAGCCCGACUUUGCCUUCGAUGAGAAAAACUUGCACAUCACCGCCGACGACAUUGCCAAGGAGGUCAAGAAGGGGACGACGGCCGGGAUGAAGGCACUUUGGGACAAGCAGCAAGAUCAGUCUCCACAGCUUCAGACACGGAUUCUACCGCUUGAUCAGAGGAUGCCGGUCAGGCGAAAAUUCACCCUUGCCAAGGAAGAGUCCGAGGAAGAGGAAGAGGAGGAAGAGGUCGUCAUCAAGAAAACGAUAGCCCCAGCCGCCACAGCCAGGAAAGACAGCAAAGGCGCCGACGUCGCCAAGGAGAUCAAGCGGCUGAGGAAUGCCAAGCUGAAGAAGAAGGAGCAAUCUAUCGAUAUGCCUGACCUCUCUGAGGCUGAUGCGGCUGCACUGCUAGAAGAACUUGAGGCUGAUGAGGAGGAGAGGCAAAAGGAGAAGAAGGCGGCCAAGGAUUGGAAGAAUUCGUUGACAGCUCCGGGCAGGAUUUUGAGAGCGAGCAGUACACCGCCGGCUCCCGCCUCUGAUGAGCGGGUAGGAUUUGAUGAGAAGAGCUUGGUCACGACGAAGGAAGAUAUCGAAAAGGAAAUCCCGAUCGGUGCUGCUCGUGGCAUGAAAGCGCUGUGGGACCAGAACGGGCAGUCCGGGUUCAUGAACAACAAGGCUCAAGCCCCAGUGCCCCGGAUACGGUUACAGGACACUUUUGUGAGACGGGAAGAGGAAGAAGAGGAUCGGAGAGAUAGCAAGAAGACGCUGGCACCGGUCGAGAGGAAGAAGAGGACGUUGAAGAAGCAGGACUCCGACUUCGAGAUGCCGGACAUCUCGGAAGCGGAAGCAGCCAGAUUGCUGGAGGAGAUGGAGAAGGAUUCGGAUGAUGAGGACCGCUCGAAAGCCGAUGCCUGCUACGACGAGAAGAGUCUGCACAUCUCGAGGGCCGAUCUGGAGAAGGAGAUCCCGACCGGAAAAGCCGCCGGAAUUCGAGCCAUGUUCGAUCCGUCCAAUGGCGGAUAUCAGAGAGCAGCCUCAGCACAACCGGAGCUCGGCUGCCCUAAGCGGAUACUUCGUGAUACCUUUGUCAGGCAAGACUCCGACUCGGACAUCCCGGCAGAAAGCGACGCCGAUUUUGUCGGUGAUCUGGGCAAGAUCAGAAAGGAGGACAUUGAAGCCGAGGUCCCGCGUGGAACAGCUGCAAAACUCGCGUCGCUAUGGGCCAACAAGGAAACGACGAAGGAUUCGAUUGGUGCCCCGCAACGAACCGUCAACCGCUUGAAAACUCCGGAACCCCAGCCGGCUAAGGUAGAACCGAAUAAUAAUCAGAUCAAUGGCCGCGCCUCACCUCAACCAACGAAAUGGGCACCGGUACAGACGAGUGGAUUGGCCAGGCAGAAACAGAUUGGAGAGACCCCUCGAGCUGGCUCUGUGCUGAGAGAUGCACCGGAAGUAAAACCCGCUAAGGUCGAAAAGCCAAAAGUGGAGGAGAAGAAGGCGGAGAAGGUCGAGGAGAAGACGACGCGCAAGAGGUCGAUCAAGAAGAAAAAAUCCGACGCCACUCAACCUGCACCAAGCUUUGCCGUUGAGCCGAAGAAGGACGUCGCUAAACCAAAAUCCCCGGCCACCACUACCGUAUUGCCGAAAAAGGUUGAGGAGAAGGUGGAGGAGAAAAAGGCCGAACCGAAGCCGUUAUCAGCCAAGGCCGAGGCGGCAAGGAAAAAAUUCGAGCCAGUCCCCUCUGCCAACCCGAUGUCGUUUGCCGUCGAGCCGAAGAAGCCGUCAGAUAGGACAAAAGUCGAGCCGGCUCCCAAAACUACCGUAACCCGACCGCCCGUCACCGGCACGGUCAAGUCAGCCACUGACGGCGUGUUGAAACCGACCAGCCGUCCCUUUUUCCUCAAUAAACGCCAGGAUUCGGUGACAAAGCCCGAGCCCCCGUCUACUACGGCUUCAAAAACGACGUCAGCAAGCAGUACAGCCGCCGCUGCCACUGCAAGACCCGUCGCCAAGCCGGCAUCAGCUAGCAGCACAACUGCAAUCCCAACGACGACUUCAAAAAUUGUCCAAAGGACGGCCCCGGUGACGAACGCCGACUCCAGCACGGGUACCACAAAAACGACGUUGACGAUUAAGACGCGCACCAGACACAAC